CUGAGUGUUCCUGUAAUUUUGUUUGUGUUUCAUGUAUUAACUCGGACUCCUAGUCCUUUGUGUUACAUAACAACAGAGCGGAUAAGUCAGGAAAAGGGACUCUGCCAGAGAAUCUGGAGGUUUCUUCUUCUGCUUGAAGAGUGGGGAUGUGUGCGGGCAAUAAACCGUUAUUCCGUUCAACAGCAGUGGAGCGACAGAGAGCAACAACCCAAACAAGCGAGCAGCCUCCAUGCACCGAAUUCCUGGCACCAUGACGGCGGUGGGGGAUGGGGCCAUCGCCUGCAGCUCAACUUUCCGAAAAAUGAAGUGUGUUUAAAGGGCCAUGCCCUGAUGUCGCGGCGAAUUUUUGUUCCUUGUGGGUUUUUUUUUGGUAGAGGUGGUCUGAAAAACGGGGGAAGGUGAAAGUGACCGUUUUUUUUGAAAAAAAGGUGGUUGGUGCUUAAGGGUGUGACGUCAGGCGGCGGUUGGUGUGUCCAUGUUGGAUCCGGGAGCGGCCACGAGCCAGAGCCAAGAGCGAUGAAUGGCAUCACCCGCGGCCGCUUUGAGGUUUUCUCAAGCAAUGAUGAAUCGCUAAUAAAUAAAAAGUUACCCAAAGAACUUCUGUUAAGAAUAUUUUCCUUCUUGGAUGUUGUCACUUUGUGUCGGUGUGCUCAGGUUUCCAAGGCAUGGAAUAUCCUAGCAUUGGAUGGCAGCAACUGGCAGAGGAUUGACUUGUUUAAUUUUCAGACAGAUAUAGAGGGUCGUGUAGUGGAAAACAUUUCGAAACGAUGUGGAGGAUUCCUACGUCAACUUAGCCUACGGGGGUGUCUUAGCAUUGGUGAUGCUUCUCUCAAGACCUUUGCACAGAACUGUAAGAAUAUUGAAGAUUUAAAUCUCAAUGGUUGUACAAAAAUUAAUGACAGCACCUGCAUCAGCCUUAGUAAAUUCUGCACUAAACUGAAAAACUUGGAUCUCACAUCUUGUGUAUCGAUUACGAACAAUUCUUUGAAAGCUUUGAGUGAGGGUAAUCGAAACCUUGAACAUUUAAACAUUUCCUGGUGUGACCAGGUGACGAAGGAUGGUAUAGAGGCUCUAGUGGGAGGAUGUAGUGGUCUGAAGGCCAUGUUUUUGAGAGGGUGCACACAGCUGGAUGAUGACUCAUUGAAACACAUACAGGUUCACUGUCCAGAACUAGUAACACUUAAUUUGCAGGCAUGUUCACAAAUCACAGAUGAAGGAUUAGUAAGCGUUUGCAGAGGCUGCCAUAAACUCCAGUUCCUGUGUGUGUCUGGAUGUGGAAACAUUACAGAUGCUUCUAUAACAGCAUUGGGAUUGAAUUGUCCUAGACUAAAGAUUUUGGAAGUAGCACGAUGUUCGCAUCUGACGGAUGCUGGCUUUACAGUUUUAGCAAGGAAUUGUCAUGAACUUGAAAAGAUGGAUCUGGAAGAGUGUAUUCUGAUAACAGACAACACGUUGAUUCAGUUGUCCAUUCAUUGUCCUAGGUUAGAAGCACUGAGUUUAUCUCACUGUGAACUGAUUACAGAUGAUGGUAUCCGUCAUUUAAGCAACAGUCCCUGUGGCCAUGAAAGACUUCAGGUUGUAGAAUUGGACAAUUGUCCCCUCAUCACUGAUGUGACACUUGAACAUUUGAAGAACUGUCACAACCUGGAGAGAAUAGAAUUGUAUGACUGUCAGCAAGUCACUCGUGCAGGAAUCAAAAGAAUAAGGGCCCAUCUACCAGAUAUCAAGGUUCACGCUUACUUCGCCCCAGUUACUCCUCCACCUUCAGUGGGAGGCAGUGGACAACGGCUUUGCAGAUGCUGCAUUAUCCUUUGACAUGAGAUUUUGCAUUUAAGAAAUACUGUGAAAGUGACUUGUUCUUGCACUUGUGAUCUUGCAUCUCCAAAUAGGGGGAAAGCUCGAGGAAGAAAUCACUACACAACCUGAUUUACCUAACUUUGCUAUUUUCAGUAAAAUUGACAAGCUAAUGGAGUUAGGUUAGAGAAAGGUCUAAACUUGGACCAAGUGUUAAAGGGAAGGUUGGAGGUUUGGUUGGGGGUGGGGGGCGGGGUG